UGUUCUUCCCUGUUUUUGCAGGUAGCCGGUUUCUCUGUGUGUUUGUGUGGGUGUCGAAAAUGAGAAUUCCAGAAAUCCAGAGAGCCCAAAAAUCCUGCAUCCCAAAAACCAGUCUCAAUUGUAUUUCGGAGUUGAACGCGCGAGGAUCGAGCAAACUAGGCGGCGGAGUAAUCGAAAAAAGUGGAUAAGAUUCUACCAAAAACAUGAGCGGAGAGGAAUCGGUCGGCAUGGACUUUUCGCAGAAAACCUUGCAGGACUACGAAGUUCUAGCCGUGAUGGGCAAUGGAUCCUUUGGAACCUGCUAUAAGGUGCGGGACAAGAGCACCGGUGAACUAUUCGCCUGGAAGGGAAUGAACUACGAUGAAUUGGACGAGGCGAAGUGUGAGGCUUUGGUCUCUGAAAUCAGUGUUUUGCGGCAGCUUCAGCAUCCCAAUAUUGUGCAGUACUAUCAUCAUCUGGUUAAUAGAGAAGCCAAAUCUGUGUAUAUAGUAAUGGAGUGCUGUGCUGGCGGUGAUCUUGCCCAGAUUGUAAAGAGAGCAAGAUCGCAAAAACAGCGUUUUGAGGAGCCCUACAUUUGGCGCGUGCUUUUUCAACUUUGUCGGGCUCUCCAAGUGUGCCACAAUAAAAUUCCCAAUGGAACCAUCUUGCACCGCGACAUCAAGCCAGCGAAUAUAUUUCUGGAUGCUGCGGGCAACGCCAAGCUAGGUGAUUUCGGACUGGCCAGGAUGUUGCGACGAGAUCAGAGCUUUGCCGCUUCGUUUGUGGGCACCCCACACUAUAUGAGUCCUGAGCUGGUGAGGGGCAGAAAAUACGACCGCAAGAGCGAUGUCUGGGCCGUCGGUUGCCUGGUCUACGAGAUGUGUGCCCUAAGACCACCGUUCCGGGGUCGAGCAUUUGAUCAAUUGUCCGAGAAGAUCGCCCAAGGCGAGUUUAGCCGAAUUCCAGGGGUCUAUAGUGCCGAUCUGCAGGAGAUCAUUGCCUUUAUGCUGGCCGUGGAUCAUGAACAGCGUCCCGGAAUCGAGGUCAUCAUUCGGCAUCCCUUGGUGGUGCGUAAUAUCAGCGAACUGGAUGGAAAGUUUCCGAAUCUAGUGGAAACUGGUGAAGAUUUUUAUACCCUGCCAUCAGGAGGCCGGCUCUUUGAGGACGAAGACGAGGAGUUGAUGCCGGAACUGUCCAGCACCUUGUUCACGGAGCAGUACAGCUUUAAUGAGGGUUACGGACAAAGGAGACUCAGUGUAACCGGAGUUUUCACCCCAGAUUUGAGGAGUGAACUGUUCUACUCCGCCAAGCGGAAAAUCUUUCCCUCCAAGAAGCUCCAGCUAUCGGAUCCCGCUUUAUAUGAAAGUAUAAGGAGAGAGGAGCGAGCGGAGGAGCGUCAGGUGGAACUGGAGGAGGAGCGGCGGCGCAAGAAGGAUGAGGAACAGCAAAAACGGGAUAAGGAUAAUCUUAUAAAGGAGGUUACCAGCAGUCCGCGAGCUCUCACCCAAAACAUCUUCGAUGAGGUGCUUAAAACCCGUCUCCAUGCCAUUCGUGCCCAGGAAUCCCUGUUGCAGCAGAAACUGGAGGAAUUGCAGGCCAGGGAACAAGAGCUGCACUUGGCUGAGCAGCGUGUCCAAUCGCUGGAGCGACAGUUGCAAGAAAUCCUGCAGCAGGAGAAGCACACCUGCAGUUGCCGGCAACCAAUGGCACCGCCCAUUCCGCCUAGGAAACCCGUGAAGCCGCACCAUGACGACACCUAUUGCACAAUUGAACUUAAUGAGACAUCGCCUACGGUGGCAAAACUUAAUUUGGCCACUCUACCGGCUCCCAAAUCGCUGAAUACUCUGCGAAAGGUUACCUUCCAGUCUCCCCAGAAGUUUGUCACCUAUGGAAUCGAGAACGUGCCUCCUCCGAUGGCUACUUCGGUGUUAAAUCCACCUCCCGCUGCUGUCCCCAUGCAGAUGAGCGUGUCCAGCAAUGAUUCCGGGGACAGUCAGGCCUCAACCACUCGCAGGAAGUCCAUUCUAUCGCUUUUUGGACUGAGUCGCGGGAAUAAGGCGACCUCCAAAUCCCUGCCAGCGGUGAAUCAGGUUCCACAGGCUGCUUCGACGAGGGCCCAACGUCCUCCUUUGGCUGUGAAGCCACCAAUCACCCAGGACCAGACGGCGGCAGCUCCUCCAGUGGCCAAUCUGUGGACCAAGGAGCAGAAGAAACAAGCUUUCGAGCUGCUGGCUGCCAUGAAUGCGGCGGAGAAGGAGGCGGGUGGAGGCGCAGGACCAGGAGGAGCACGCCGUCAGCAUUUGAGGCAAUCGGUGAGGGAGCGGAACUCCACGCUUCAGCGGAAUCGCAUGCGACGAUCUUUAGUGGUGGCCAGUGGCCAUCAGAAGCUAUCAACGCGCGACCAGAUGGUCAUAUAAUUGGAUUAAUCAGAGAUUGUGAAGACCACGAGCCAUGGAAACCAUGGAGACUACGAGCGUUGUGAUGUGGAAUAAGUUCCGUAAUAUAUAUAUAUAUAUAUUCCUUUUUUUUACACUCUUUUUUUUGUGUUGCAAUAUUUUGCAAGCGUAUUAUUAGCAGUAACUUUUUUUUCACGAUGCCAUUUAUUGUGCAAUUUGCAUUAGUUAUAAAAAUAAAUUAAAGCAUACAAUUUUUUUGUAUGAAAUAAAUUAACUCUUAUGAUCAA